CCGAUCACAGUAUCGGUCAUAGUAUUAGUCGACAACGAUACAAUUAUUCGAUAGCAACAUGAAUAAACAGCCUCGUGUUUAGCAAAAGGAUGUAACUUACAAACCAAUGGAAAUUAACACAUAACAAGAGAAUAUUGCAAUAAACAACCACAAGAAACAAUGCCGUCAGAUGCUAAAAAGAAGCGAGAGCAGAAAAAGAAAGAGGCGGCAAAGAAAGGCAAGAAGCCACAGGCUGCAACAAAUGGAGAUGUAACCAAUGGGGCAGAAAAUGUCGAAGAUGCAAAUGGAGAAGAGGAAAAUGAAGUGAAUGGUUUGGCAGACCAGAUAGAUGAGUUGACCCUGGCAGCCAAACACAGGUCAGUAGCGGGUGUUCUCGCCUCCCAUCCAGAGUCUCGAGACGUCCACUUGGACCGCAUGACAAUCCGUUUCCAUGGCGCUGAAUUGCUGGUUGACAGCAGACUAGAGCUUAACUGUGGUCGAAGAUAUGGGCUUAUUGGGCUCAAUGGAUGUGGCAAGUCCACAUUGCUGGCUGCGCUGGCCCAUAAAGAGUUGCCCAUUCCCGACCACAUUGACACGUUCCUGCUACGUCGAGAGAUGCCGCCCAGUGACAAGACAGCCCUGGAGUGUGUGAUGGAGGUAGAUACAGAACGCAUUAGACUGGAGAGGGAGGCAGAGGUGCUGGGUUCCAAGGAUGAUCACGAAUCUCAUGACCGCCUCAUGGACGUAUACGAGCGUCUAGAGGAGAUGGACUCAGUGCAGGCAGAGCGACGAGCGGCCUACAUACUCAACGGUCUCGGCUUCACACGCAAGAUGCAGGGUACGGCCGUGAAACACUUCUCGGGAGGCUGGCGCAUGAGGAUCGCGUUGGCCAGGGCGCUGUUUAUCAAGCCUGCCCUGCUACUGCUGGACGAGCCUACCAACCACCUUGACCUGAACGCCUGCGUGUGGCUGGAAGAUGAGCUCAAGACCUACAAGAGGAUUCUUGUGGUAAUCUCUCACUCCCAAGAUUUCCUCAAUGGUGUCUGCACCAACAUCAUCCACAUGAACAAGAAACUACUCAAAGUCUAUGGUGGUAACUAUGACAGCUACAUUCAGACUCGCUGGGAGUUGGAGGAGAAUCAGAUGAAGAAGUAUCGUUGGGAACAGGACCAGAUAGCUCACAUGAAGAACUACAUAGCUCGGUUUGGUCACGGCAGUGCUAAGCUGGCUCGACAAGCUCAAAGCAAGGAGAAAACACUGAAGAAGAUGGUGGACGGAGGUCUGGCCGAGAAGGUCACUGCUGAUAAGACGCUGUCGUUUUACUUUCCAAGCUGUGGUACACUGCCCCCACCUGUCAUCAUGGUCCAGCAUGUUAGCUUUAGAUACAAUGACCAGUCGGCCUACAUUUACAAGGACCUGGAUUUUGGAGUGGAUUUGGACACAAGGGUGGCGUUGGUGGGGCCUAAUGGGGCGGGAAAGUCCACCCUGCUCAAACUGAUUGUCGGAGAGUUGAUCCCAACAGAUGGUCUGAUUAGAAGACAUUCACACCUAAAAAUUGGCCGCUAUCAUCAGCAUCUACACGAGAUACUGGACAUGUCAAUGUCGGCCCUGGACUGGAUGAUGAUGAAGUUCCCAGAGAUAAAGGAGCGGGAAGAGAUGAGGAAGAUUAUUGGACGCUUCGGUCUCUCAGGGCAACAACAGAUUGUGCCCAUGAGGAGUUUGUCGGACGGUCAGCGUUGCCGGGUGAUAUUUGCCUGGUUGUCAUGGCAAAGCCCCCACCUGCUGCUACUGGAUGAGCCUACCAACCACCUGGACAUAGAGACGAUAGAUGCACUGGCAGACGCCAUCAAUGAGUUUGAGGGAGGCAUGAUACUGGUCAGCCACGACUUCAGACUCAUUUCGCAGGUGACAGAUGAGAUAUGGAUCUGUGCCAAUGAAAAGAUCACCAAAUUCGAGGGUGACAUCUUCAAAUACAAACACAAACUUGUAAAGAUUGUGAAGGAGGAAAAUGAGAGACUUCUCGAGACCAAGAAAUGAUGGCGGCCAUCGUCUAGGAGCUUGUUUAUUUAUUUCCUGUUGUCGUGGGUGUGUGGCAGAUGUACUUGUGAUACGGGCAGAGAAAGUUCAGUUCUGUUGCAUAGCAAGCUUGCUGAAACAGAUAUGGCUGCACUUUGGUUUUGAAAAUGCCUAAAAAUUGUAAAUCUUUGCAACAGUAACUCUUAAUUUCCUUCUCUGUUUCUAUAGCAAGGACUGUUCAAAGUGUUUGACAGGCAACACAAAUGUUCAUAAACAUGCUUACUUUGUUAUGCCGUGCAAAAUUAGAUCUUUUAGCAUAGUUACCAUGGUAUAACCUUUAACGAACUUUUUGAGAGAUUAAUGUGUAUUUCACAUUAAUGGUCAAGGCCUUUGUUGGUAAAUGAUAUUAUUAUUUUGCAGACAUGAAUUUGUGGAAUAUUGCUAGAAUGUUUGUAACGUAUUUUGUUUCCAAAUACAUGUAUAGCUUUAAAUUAACCUUAAAAGAAGAAAUUAAAUGUCAUUCUAGCUGUGUAUUGUAAUCAAAAACUAUAAUGGAGCUUUUCUUCUUAAUUUCAGUUGUCAUGAUUGAAGAAAGCUUUAAUUUAUGAAUAUUCAUGUAAAUGUGGAAAAGUGAACUAAUUUAUUAAUAUUGUAUUAUGAAACAAAUUUCUAUUCAAUUUUGAUAUGUAUGCUUUGCUGUACAUUUAGUUAUAAAUAUUGCGGUUUAAAUGUCGAGCAAAAAUAUAAAAAAUAAUUAUUUUCAAUCAUUUUGAGAGUGUGGAGAAAUUAUGCAUGACCAAUUGAAGUAGCCUAAGAUUGGUGUGUUGAAGCAAACAGUUCCAUGAUCAAUAUGUCUAGGGCGGCAGUAUCGAUAAAAUUCUUUGCCAAAAAUCUGAACUUGCAUAUUUAAACCCUACAAAUUAAAUAAAGAGUUUUCCUGUUAAAAUGCUUAUAUGUUUGAAAUAUUGUAAAGUAAGAAGCAUUAAGAACCAAAUAAACUUGUUUGAUUUAUUUAACUUUUGUGCAUAAGAAAUGUUAACCUUGGAAUUAAAUGAGUCAGUCUUGAAAAAUGUAUGACUACAGAAUGUACACAGUAGCUUUUUAAAUACUGCAUCUUUAAAAGUGAUGUUAAGUAGAUUGACAUUUAUCUUAACUUUGUAGCAUAUAUUGUAUACUUGUAAACUUUUCUUUGCUAGAAACUUUCAUCAUUUUUGCCAGUCUUAUUUGCAUAUUUUAGAAAAAAGAAUCGGCAUAUAUUCCAUUCCGUGCUACAAGUUGUAAUAUUAGUAGUUAAAUUGUGCAUGCUUUGAGCAUUACUAAUUGCACUGUUUUUAUUUCUUGCAAAAUACAAAUGUGAUAUUUGACAGACUUACAUCCUUGUUUUAAAACAUAUUUGAAAUAAACCUUAAAAAUAUUUAAA